AACCUUUGAGCUCUUCUACCUCUGAGGAAGCACAAUGGAAUCAGUGUGGGAAGCGUGCGUGCGCGCACACACACACACAGACACACACACACACACGCUUCACCUGAUUCUACCCACAGGUCUCCAUAAGAAGAGUUUCUGUGGGUGAGAGAAUGAGACCAGCUGAUAGUCCAAGGAGACUGUAAUUUUAGCAGACCUACCAAGAACAUUGAUGUAGGAGGCUUGUUAUUCUAAAUCCUGGAAGCCUUUUUAUUUUUAAUUUGGAAAGUAUGUGAAUGAUUGUAAUGCUGCUUUGCUUCCCAAACUGGACAGCGAGGUAAACAGAAGCAGUCACAACAACAAAGAGCAGAAGCUCUCAUCCUGGCCACCAUGGAGUUUCUUGAAAGAACUUAUCUUGUGAAUGACAAAGCCACUAAGAUGUAUGCCUUCACCCUAGACAGGGUGGAACUCCAGCAGAAACCCUUGAACAAAAAUCAAUGUCCUGGAGAGAAGCCAGAGGAGCUGGACUCGGGAGCCAUCUAUCACUGCCACAGCAACUCCAAGGCCACAGAGAACAGAGCAAACGAGCAAGUCUACGCCAAGUGGAAACUCUGUGCUGCUUCGGGAAUUUGCUUCAUUUUCAUGAUUGCAGAGGCCGUGGGUGGACACAUUGCUGGGAGUCUUGCUGUCGUCACAGAUGCUGCCCACCUCUUAAUUGACCUGACAAGCUUCCUGCUCAGUCUCUUCUCCUUGUGGCUGUCAUCAAAGCCUCCUUCAAAGCAGCUGACAUUUGGAUGGCACCGGGCAGAGAUCCUUGGUGCCCUGCUGUCCAUCCUGUGUGUCUGGGUGGUGACUGGUGUGUUGGUGUACCUGGCAUGUGAGCGCCUGCUCUACCCUGAUUACCAGAUUCAGGCGACUGUGAUGAUUAUCGUUUCAGGCUGUGCGGUGGCAGCCAACAUUCUACUAAGUGUGAUUUUGCACCAGAGACACACUGGACACAAUCACAAGGAAGUGCAAGCCAAUGCCAGUGUGAGAGCAGCUUUUGUGCAUGCCCUUGGAGAUCUAUUUCAGAGCAUCAGUGUGUUAACUAGUGCACUUAUUAUCUACUUUAAGCCAGACUAUAAAAUGGCUGACCCAAUCUGCACAUUUGUCUUUUCCAUCCUGGUUUUGGCCAGCACCAUCACUGUCUUAAAGGACUUCUUCAUCUUACUCAUGGAAGGGGUGCCAAAGAACGUGAAUUACAAAGACGUGAAAGAGCUCAUCUUAGCCGUGGAUGGAGUGCUGUCUGUGCACAGCUUGCACAUCUGGUCUCUAGCAAUGAACCAAGUGAUCCUCUCGGCUCAUGUUGCUGCAGCAGCCAGCAGGGACAGCCAGGUUGUUCGAAGAGAGAUUGUUAAAGUGCUCAACAACAGCUUUACUGUGCAUUCACUCACCAUUCAGAUGGAGUCUCCAGCUGACCAGGACCCUGACUGCUUUUUCUGUGAAGACCCCCGGGACUAGCUCAGUCACAAUGUCAAUUUCCAGAGUUUGAUGGCCCAUUCUACGCUGCUCUGCAGUUUCUGGAAUAUAAGAAAUAAAGAACCAAAAAAA